AUGGGAAUUCCUGGUCCAUGCAGCCCAGCCAUACAAUCUGCAUUCUUGGCAGCACUAAGAUCAUCAUUCCCAUCUCCCAAUCAGCCAGUAGCAUUUAGGCAUAUUAUCUAUAACCUGCAGCAGCACUACAACCCGAGCAUAGGUGUGUACACAGCACCAGUCAAUGGCACCUAUGCCUUCAGCUUUCACAUGACCACCUCCACCUGCACCCUGAAAGUUGGACUCUUCUGGAACUUCCAGCCUGUGGUGAAGAACACACAAUCAUCAGAGUUAGGCUCCGCUUCCCAGCAAGUGGUGCUACACCUGAGCAUAGGAGAUCAAGUGUGGCUCCAGGUGAAGGACAGUAUCACUAAUGGAAUGUUCACUAAUGCUGAGGUCAGCAGCACCUUCAGUGGUUUCCUGCUUCACCCAGACACCUGUGACAUCAUCAUGGGCCAAGAGUUUCCUCCACCAAUCAUCAGUGGGGUGUACACCUGGAGGGACCCAGACCCCACCCUUAUCCCUUGUGUCUAA